AUGCUUUUAUCUUCAAUUUUUUGUUUAAUAUUAUCUAAUGCAUUGUCUUUUAGACGUGACACAGCUAUUCUUUAUUCAAGAGUAGGUAUUAUAAUAUUAUUUUAUUGUAUUUAUUUAUCUUAUAAUAAUUUAUUUAUAACAUAUUUAGAUAAUGGUAUAGGGUUAUUUGGUGGUUUAUUUUAUACAUCACCUAUAACACAAACAUUUCAUAUAUUAAUAUUUAUUAUUACAUUAUUAAUAUUGAACAUAACUGGGUUUUAUCCUAGAAAACUUAUAUCUAGUCAGUAUUUAAGUUUAUCUAAAUUAUUAUUUACAAAAUUACAAUUUGUAAAAAAUAUUGCUGUAUCUAAUAUAAUUUUAAAAAAAGGAGAACAAUAUUCUAUAUUAGAAUAUACAUUAAUGUUAUUAUUUAUUGUAACAGGUAGUAUAUUAUUAAUAUCAAGUAGUGAUUUUGUAUCUAUUUUUUUAUCUAUAGAAUUACAAAGUUAUGGUUUAUAUUUAUUAUGUACUAUGUAUAGAAAUUCUGAAUCUGCUACAUCUGCUGGUUUAACUUAUUUCUUAUUAGGUGGAUUAUCAUCUUGUUUUAUAUUAUUAGGUAUAGCUUUAAUAUAUGCUAAUUUAGGUGUAACUUAUUUAGAUAGUUUUUAUGUAAUUAAUAAUUUAGCUGGUGUAUUAAAUGAACAACAAAUUACUACAUACAUACCUUAUUGCUUAUUAUUAAUUACUGUAGGAUUAUUAUUUAAAAUAUCAGCUGCUCCAUUUCAUUUUUGA